AUGGCUGAAACAAAGAUUGCCCCUAUACCUACGCCUCACAUUAUUCCAGCCCAUACCAAACAAGCUGAAAUUAGCUAUCCGAGAUGGUUUGGUGGCUCGGCAUCUUGUAUGGCGGUAAUGGUGUCGCAUCCGUUUGAUCUGAUCAAGGUCCGCAUGCAAACUGUUGCAGACGGUGCAAAGCAAGGUUCAGUUCGAACGGGAGUACAAAUCAUUCGGAGCGAGGGUGUUAGAGGUCUUUAUCAUGGACUGUCCGCUGGGUUGAUGAGAUCAUUAACAUAUGGGGCCUCACGUAUUGCCCUGUACGAAGAACUCAAACAAUCCGCAGCUAAAUCAGACAAGCCUGUCACGGCUCCAAUGCUAACCAUGAUGGCGGCGACAUCGGGCUUCGUGGGAGCCAUAUUCGGCACGCCAUCAGAUAUCGCAAACAUCCGGAUGCAAAACGACAGGUCAUUACCUAUUCAACAUCGCCGAAAUUACAAGAAUGUGCUUGACGCCUGGGUGCAAAUGAAGCGCAAUGAAGGUUGGAGGUCGUUUAUCCAGGGCCUGUGGCCUAACUGUUUUCGCUGUGGAAUCAUGACCGCGAGUCAAUUGGCAUCUUAUGACACGUUCAAGACCUUGCUUCAAAGGUGGAGUAGUGGCAGUGGGGAGAGUCCGGUUAUUCAUAUUUCUGCUUCGCUGUUGGCUAGUCUAGUUGCAACCUCAAUCUCUAGCCCGAUGGAUGUGAUUCGAACGCAGCUGAUGAGUUCUUCGAAGCGUGUGUCAGUCCUGAAGAUUGUGACUGAUUUGACUCGAUCUGAGGGUUAUCGGUGGGUGUUCCGCGGUUGGACACCUAGUUUUGUUCGCUUGGGUCCACAGACGAUUGCGACUUUGGUGGCAUUGGAACAGCAUAAGCGGAUAUACCGUAUUAUCAAGUCCGGUGAGGAUCAGCCAUGA